AUGGCUACCGCUGUCGAGCACCCCCAAGUUCAUCAUGAACUUAAGGCUUCAGCUCCCGAGUCCAUCCCCAAGAGCGCAAUUCCUGCCGCUGUUGCCUCUCCCGUUCCCGCUCCCGCAGCCACUGAGACUGUCUCAUUGAGGGCUGAAGAAACCAAAGCUCCCACCAAAGGGACGAAAAGCCCUGUAGUUGCCGAAGCGCACCUUGUUGAUACAUACCACCCUCCUCAGCGCAUGUUUGCCAAGCACCCCCACCGGCCCCACCUUGCCAACCUCGAGGACUACAAGCGACUUUACAAGGAAUCCAUCACCCAACCCGAGAAGUUUUGGGCUGAGCGCGCCCGCGAGCUCAUCUCUUGGGAUCGUGACUUUCAGACCACCCGAAGUGGUUCUCUCUUGAAUGCCGAUGUAUCAUACUUUAACGAGGGUCGCCUGAACGCCUCGUACAACUGUGUCGACCGUCACGCUUUUAAGGACCCUGAUCGUGUUGCCAUCAUCUACGAGGCCGAUGAGCCCAGCGAAGGUCGCAAUGUUACAUACGGUGAACUCCUUCGAGAAGUCUCUCGGACUGCUUGGGUUCUCAAGCAGAUGGGCGUCCGCAAGGGCGACACCGUUGCUAUCUACCUCCCUAUGAUCCCUGAAGCUAUUAUCGCACUUAUGGCCUGUGUUCGUAUUGGCGCAGUGCAUUCAGUUAUCUUCGCCGGUUUCUCUUCCGACUCCCUCCGCGACCGUGUUGUCGAUGCUGGGUGCAAGGUUGUCAUCACAACCGACGAAGGCAAGCGCGGCGGCAAGUUGAUUGGCACCAAGAAGAUUGUUGAUGAUGCUCUGAAGCAGUGCCCUGCUGUUGAGAACGUUCUGGUCUAUAAACGCACCGGUUCCGAAAUCCCAUGGACCAGCGGUCGUGAUUUCUGGUGGCAUGAGGAGGUCGAGAAGUGGCCCAACUACUUCCCUCCUGAGCCUGUCGCUUCCGAGGACCCUCUAUUCCUCCUCUACACUUCCGGCUCCACUGGCAAGCCCAAGGGUGUUCUGCAUACCACAGCUGGAUAUCUCCUUGGUGCUGCCAUGACUGGCAAAUAUGUCUUUGACAUCCAUGAGGGUGACAGAUACUUUUGCGGCGGUGAUGUCGGCUGGAUUACCGGACAUACCUAUGUCGUUUACGCUCCUUUGAUGCUCGGUGUAUCCACCGUCGUCUUUGAGGGCACACCCGCCUAUCCCAACUUUUCGCGAUACUGGGACAUCAUCGAGAGACACAACGUUACUCAGUUCUAUGUCGCCCCCACGGCUUUGAGACUACUGAAGCGUGCUGGCGACGAGCAUGUUCGAGGAAAGUUUGCUCAUCUUCGGGUACUGGGCUCUGUCGGUGAGCCCAUUGCUGCCGAGAUCUGGAAGUGGUAUUUCGAAGUUAUUGGUAAGGAGGAGUGUCACAUCGUCGACACAUACUGGCAGACCGAGUCUGGCUCCCACGUCCUCACCCCCUUGGCUGGAAUCACUCCCACCAAGCCCGGCAGUUGCUCUCUGCCUUUCUUCGGUGUUGAGCCUGCCCUCAUCGAUCCUGUUUCUGGCCAGGAGAUUCACGGCAACGAUGUCGAGGGUGUUCUGACCUUCAAGCAAUCAUGGCCCAGCAUGGCUCGUACUGUUUGGGGCGCCCACAACCGGUAUAAGGAGGCUUACCUUGACGUCUACAAGGGUUACUACUUCACUGGAGAUGGCGCUGCCCGAGAUCAUGAGGGUUUCUACUGGAUCCGAGGUCGCGUCGAUGAUGUUGUCAACGUCAGUGGUCACCGUCUGUCAACUGCUGAGAUUGAAGCAGCUCUAUUAGAACAUCAUGCUGUUGCUGAUGCAGCUGUUGUUGGUAUUUCCGACGAACUUACUGGCCAGGCUGUGAACGCUUUCGUUGAUCUCAAGGAAGACGUGGAGUCAAACGAUGCUCUUCGCAAGGAGCUUAUCGUUCAAGUGCGCAAGAGCAUUGGACCUUUUGCAGCGCCCAAGGCUGUGUAUAUUGUGCCUGAUAUGCCUAAGACCCGAAGCGGCAAGAUUAUGCGACGAGUGUUGAGGAAGAUUGUCGCUGGUGAAGAAGAUCAGCUCGGAGAUACUACUACUCUAUCCGACCCCUCUGUCGUGGAGAAGAUUAUCAAGGCUGUUCACGAUGCCAAGCGCAAGUGA